AUGAGUGUCCUCAGUGUGAAGAUUCUGUGCGCUGUCUUCCUGACAACGGUGUCGGCAGGGCUCCACCCUGAGUGUGAAUACAUCUACCAGCUGGAGCAGGAGGAGAUACGCUGCCUCAGACAGAUUGAAGAAUAUGAGAACACCUCAUCUUCAGGUUGUCUGCCAGAGUGGGACAGUGUGGUGUGUUGGCAGGCAGCGGUGGUCGGAGAGACGGUCCAGGUGCCCUGUCCAGCGGUCUUCUCUCUCUUCCAGAACAGCACAGGCACGGUGAGCCGCAACUGCACCAGCAGCGGCUGGACGCUGCCUUUCCCUCCGUACCACGUGGCCUGCACUGUGGACGACGACAUACACAUACCUGAGGAGUCAUACUUCGCCACAGUGAAACUGAUCUACUCUAUCGGUUACGGUGCAUCGCUGGUUUCUCUCUCCAUUGCCGUGGUGAUCCUGCUACUCUUCAGGCGACUCCACUGUGCGCGGAACUACAUCCACAUUCAGCUGUUUCUCACCUUCAUUCUAAAAUCCGUGGGUGUGUUUGUGAAAGACGCCACGCUGUUCAGCGAGGAUAUGGACCACUGCACCCUCUCCACCGCAGCCUGUAAGGCGGCGGUGGUGUUCUGCCACUACUGCGUGAUGUGUAAUUUCGCCUGGCUCCUGGUGGAGGCGCUCUACAUCAACUGUCUCUUGCUGGUGGCUGUGCCUCGCAGCCGCUGCUGCCUGUGGGCCUUCAGCCUGCUGGGCUGGGGUGUACCGCUUGUGUUCAUCCUGCUGUGGAUCGGUUCGCGGCUCGGUUUCGAGGAUACAGGAUGCUGGGACAUCAAUGAGGAAUCUCACUACUGGUGGAUUAUCAAAGGACCCAUCGUGGUCUCCAUAGGAGUGAAUUUCCUGCUUUUCGUGAACAUCAUCAGGAUCCUUGUGCAGAAGCUGAACCCACGACUCAUCCACUUCAACAACUCCUCCCAUUACCGGCGUCUGACUAAGUCCACCCUGCUGCUCAUCCCUCUCUUUGGGACACACUACAUGGUCUUCAACUUCCUGCCCGAUUACUUCAAUGUGAGUCUGAGGCUGUGUAUCGAGCUCUGCCUCGGCUCUUUCCAGGGCCUUGUUGUGGCAAUCUUGUACUGCUUUCUCAACCAGGAGGUCCAGUCUGAGCUGCAGGUCCGCUGGCUACGAUGGCAGGAGAACAGCUACGGCACAGUCCCCGCUGGAGCCAAAGGCAGUCAAAUGGACACGCCCUUUUAG